AUGUGUAAUAUCGAGGCUACAUGGAGACGAAGAUGGAGGUUGAAGGCAGGAACUUGCAAGGCAGAAAAUUGCUGCAUUAUGUCAGCCGGAAUGGAGCGGCCGGUCGACGAUCGUUCAGUUGAACCACAGCUACCGAAGGCCCUCCACGAGUACAUUGAUUGCAGUGGACAUUUCACCGUCGCGUCGAUUUGGAUCCAAACAUGGGAUCAACACGUUGUUCACCGUCCUGACAGCGCUGGGGCCCAUCUUUUCUUCUUCUCACCACCACCGUCAACAGUGAGGACAAACCGCGGAAACAAGCGUAUGGCCCCAAACUUUCUCUCAAAACUUGUCAAGCCAUCCUCGAAAGAUAGAAACAGUGUGCGCGAGCGAGUGUCGUCUGAAUCCUCCCGACCAUCUGGGUUCAGCCUCAGCCUUUCCCGGAAUAGGUCCCAGUCGACCUCCAUCGGCAGCGGCGGAUCAAAUGCUGUGAACUCUCCUUCAACUCCCACUCAAGCCAGCAUUUCGAACAGCAACAAACGAACCAACUACUCCGGAGACAAUCGGAUACCGAGUAUUGUGACGACCCUUGCUGCUAACGGCAGCAGUGGCCACGUUAGCAUACGCAAGAGCUUGGACAGCGUCACCACUGUCAGCACGCAACCCAACGUCACCAUCGUUCCACCUUCCCCUCGACCGAAUAACGCAGAGCUCGAUUCAGAGGACGACGAAGACGAGCAACUCGCAUUACCGCCCAUAACUGUUGGGAAGGAACCGGAGGAGCCUGAAGACGUGGCCACGCCUACACCUACGCCGACCGUUCCUAAGAAGCAGCAACCAAUACCAACACCUCCUCCAGCUGAGCCACCCAUGUCGACCUCUCUGGCACCAGGCACGCACUCAGUGCGGAAGCAACCAUCGAACAAGUCCAUCAACAGCAAGAAGGUGCCGCCUACUGAGAUCAACACGACGACUGCGAACGGAAGUGGACAUACGAAGGCGGCAACUGCGCCUGCGGAAAUGCCCUCUGCAGAGAACGGCGCAGUGACGAUGAAACCCAUCACGGAGAGCCCGACUGACCUCAAAUUCCCCGAACCUAAACCUGUGGCAGCACCAACACCGCAGGCGAACGGGUCUGCGACAACACCACCUGUGCAACGCGAAAACACCGUCAUGUCUUUGGCCGCGGCUGCGAGUGAGACCAAGAGUGGAAAGAAGCCAUGGCAAAGGUCGGCGACGCGCAAACCUACGGGGCUUGCGAGCGCCAUCGCCGCGUCAGGGCUGGCUAUGGCGAACCCAGCUGCACAAGUCUCACCGACUCCGCUCGUUGCACCUCAGCCAUCAGCAGGCAGUUCGAAGAGCGCGAAUGGAGCCCCGGGUAGUCCCCCAUACCUAUCUCGCUCGCCUGCGCAAAGUAGCAUCAGUCAGAGGAGCCACGGAAAGGCAAGAAGCGCGGACCUCUCUCCUCGGUCGGCGAAGUCACGCAAGUCGAGCACGGGCACAACGUCUGGCCGUCCGAGACGAACCUCAGCGGCGACCUCGGCGAAGAGCGAUGCAGGGUCAGAGUACUACGCCUCCCCAAGCCAGGCAGGCACGACGACAACUUUCGGUGACGAUGGUAGGCCAGACUACUACAGCGGGCUGGACGACAGCGACGAUGAUGAUGACAGUGGGACAGACGACAGUGACCUGGAUCUGGCGGAGGAGGACAUCCCUGUGACCGGCUUUGCUGUUGCAAGUAAUAAGAGAAACGCAGACUUCCAUGAGCUCUUCCCAACCGUUCCGGAGGGUGACUACUUGAUUGAGGAUUAUGGAUGUGCAUUGCAACGAGAAAUUCUCAUCCAAGGAAGGAUAUACAUUUCGGAAAACCACAUUUGCUUCCAUGCUAACAUCUUUGGAUGGAUAACUGACCUCUCAAUCCCGAUCUACGAGAUCACCUCUCUCGAAAAAAAGAUGACCGCCUUCGUCAUCCCGAAUGCCAUCCAAAUCACUACACGACAAGCAAAAUAUACUUUCGCAUCCUUCCUCUCCCGGGAUACGACAUUCGAUGUCAUCUACAACAUCUGGAGACUCGCGAAACCAGAAGACGGCGCCAGUCUUGUAUCGAGCGGCCGAGGAUCUCUCGACGGCCCUGUUAGCACGAUGGCUAGUUCUGUUGUCGGAGUCCUACCCACCGCCGCUGCUCCCGCCGCUGCUAAAGCAGCUCCUGUGAGGAAAGUCACACAAUGCGCAUGUGGGCGGGACAAUAAGCACUAUUCAGAGUUGGCGAUGGAUGUGGUCAUACCUGGAACACCGGAGAAUAUACAUAAUCUGAUGUUUGCCAGUGGGUUCAUCAAGGAUUUCAUGGUUGGCGAUCAGAAGUUGCUUGACAUCCAAAUGUCCGACUGGUCACCCGUCGCCCCAGGCUCGAAGCUGCUCCAACGAAAUUUUUCCUAUAUCAAGCCUCUCAGCGGCUCUCUUGGCCCCAAACAAACAAAGUGCGAGCUGAAGGAUGAGGUAGCGUAUAGUGACUUCGACGACUACAUCUCGACAAUAACAACGACGAGAACGCCGGAUGUGCCGAGUGGGGGUGUGUUUUCUGUGAAGACGCGGACGUGCAUCACGUGGGCCAGUCCGGUUAGCUCCCGUGUGGUUGUAACUACGCAGGUGGAGUGGACUGGUAGGAGCUUCAUCAAGGGUAUCAUCGAACGUUCAGCAAUCGACGGUCAAAAAGUCUAUCAUGGCGACCUAGAGAAGGCCAUGCGGGCUUACAUCCAAGAACAUCAAUCCGAGUUCUUGCCUGAAGGCGUUGACGUGGCCGCAGUAGCCCUCAAUGAAGUUAUUCCAGAGCCCGAACUUGCGACAGAACCCGCAACUGACGCAAGCAAGGAGGUGAAGCACCCCACAGAAGAGGAGCAGAAGCAGCGAGAACGAGAGCGCAAUGCCAGGAGCUUGCAAUGGGCAUGGGACACCUUCGACGGCGCAUGCCAGGUUGCGAAGAGGAGUACGAAGGGCGCCUUGGAGCUCAUCCGGGACGCGUGGGAUCAGAGCGAAAGCACAACCAUCCUAUGGUUCCUCAUCGUCAUUCUUGUGAUCAGCAACCUGUGGACGCUGAUGCGCAUGGGCUCUGGUCGGGAGGCAGCGUCACGGAAACUCGAGGCGAGGAAGGUGGAGGACCGAGAGAAGUGGGUACAGAGCAUCGUCACUGCCCUGUGGGACGAGCUGGCGGCUGGGAAGAAGGAGGCUACGAUCCUUGCCGAUAACGUGUUGCAGCACGGGCCUCAUGGGCCAAGCUCAGCACACGUUCCUGCCUCGCCUCCUACUGCAUCACCGGAGAGUCCUGUACAGCAAGUCUUGUCGCCUCCAUUACCUACAGCUGGGUCGUUGAACUGGAGAGAGGAGAUGCAACAGCUCCAGCAAACACUGGAUUUGGUUGAAGAACGAGUGAAGGCUAUCAGGGCGAACCUCUCCGGGUUGGAGAAGCUCGAUGCUUUAGAUUGA